GAUCACUUGCUGUGACAGGGUUAGCCAUGGCCGCAAGGAGGGCCGCUUCGUCCUUCCUCUCACGCCGCCUCCUCGCACGGCGUCCUGCCGGUUCUCUUCUCGGAGCAGACAAUGCACGGCGCUUUUUGCCCGGAGCCGUUUACAGGUUCAGCACCGCAGCGGCCGCCACCGCCGACGAGGAGCCGAUCAAACCCCCCGUGGAGGUGAAGUACACGCAGCUCCUCAUCAACGGCAACUUCGUCGAUGCAGCAUCUGGGCGGACGUUCCCGACGGUGGACCCCCGCACCGGCGAGGUCAUUGCCCGCGUGGCCGAGGGCGACGCCGAGGACAUCAACCGCGCCGUCGCCGCCGCCCGCAGGGCCUUCGACGAGGGCCCCUGGCCGAGGAUGACCGCCUACGAGCGGUGCCGGGUGCUGCUGCGGUUCGCGGACCUGAUUGAGCAGCACAACGACGAGAUCGCGGCGCUGGAGUCGUGGGACGGCGGGAAGCCGCUGGAGCAGUCGGCGGGCGCGGAGGUGCCCAUGGCGGCGCGGUGCAUGCGGUACUACGCCGGGUGGGCGGACAAGAUCCACGGCAUGGUGGUGCCGGCCGACGGCCCGCACCACGUCCAGGUGCUGCGCGAGCCCAUCGGCGUGGCUGGCCAGAUCAUCCCCUGGAACUUCCCACUGCUCAUGUUCGCCUGGAAGGUCGGCCCUGCGCUCGCCUGCGGGAACGCCGUCGUGCUCAAGACCGCCGAGCAGACGCCGCUCUCCGCGCUCUACGUCGCCAGCCUCCUCCACGAGGCCGGGCUCCCGGAGGGCGUCCUCAACGUCGUCCCCGGCUUCGGCCCCACGGCCGGCGCCGCGCUGUGCAGCCACAUGGGCGUCGACAAGCUUGCGUUCACCGGAUCGACUGGCACUGGCAAGAUUAUUCUCGAGUUGGCGGCGAGGAGCAACCUCAAGCCGGUGACGCUGGAGCUCGGCGGCAAGUCUCCGUUCAUCGUCAUGGACGACGCCGAUGUCGACCAGGCCGUCGAGCUGGCGCACCGCGCAAUCUUCUUCAACCAGGGGCAAUGCUGCUGCGCUGGGUCUCGCACGUUCGUGCACGAGAGCGUGUACGACGAGUUCGUGGAGAAGUCCAAGGCUCGCGCCCAGCGGCGUGUCGUCGGCGACCCCUUCAAGAAAGGUGUCGAGCAGGGACCUCAGAUCGAUGGCCAGCAGUUCAAGAAGAUCCUGGGCUACGUCAAGUCGGGCGUCGACAGCGGCGCCACCCUCGUGACCGGCGGCGACAGGCUAGGCAGCAGGGGCUUCUACGUCCAGCCGACUGUCUUCGCCGAUGUCGAGGAUGAAAUGAAGAUCGCCAAGGAGGAGAUAUUCGGGCCGAUCCAGUCCAUCCUCAAGUUCAGGGACGUGGGGGAGGUGGUGAGGAGGGCGAACGCGACGCAGUACGGGCUGGCGGCGGGUGUGUUCACGGGGAGCCUGGACACGGCGAACGCGGUGGCGCGGGCGCUGAGGGUGGGGACGGUGUGGGUGAACUGCUACGACGUGUUCGACGCGGCCAUCCCCUUCGGCGGGUACAAGAUGAGCGGCGUGGGGCGGGAGAAGGGACCCUACAGCCUCGGCAACUACCUCCAGACCAAGGCCGUCGUCGCGCCCCUCAGGGACCCCGCCUGGUUGUAGCGGCGGGGCAUAUCGUCGUCCUCCAACGAUACCGAUAGGAGGCGGAAAGGGCACCGACAACAACGCCGGCGAACUCUUAAGCCUGCCUUUGAAUAAACGGCGUCGUCAGUUUCUGGCUUACUAGUUCCAAAUUGUGUUUGGCGCUGCCAGUUUGGACCGGAAUUCUGGCUGGAGCGGCCCCCGUACUGAUCUUAUCUUGGAUGGCAUUGCUUCGAAUCUUACAUUCUUAAAAGUGAUCUCUAUUUUCUAAACGUGUAAAGUAUCCAUGCCAACGUUUCACUAAGCAAUGCAUUUAACUCUUUUCUUCGACUAAA